GAGGAGAGAGAGUGAAGCAGCUGUGUGAGCAGUGUGUGUGAGAGUGUGUGUGUGAGUGUGUGUUUGAGUCAGUAGAAGAAGAACGUUUGAGCCGAGCUGAGCUGCGACGUGACAGCAUCACGAUGAAGAUGAGGAUGAUGGCCACGUGAAGUCACGCCGCCACAAAGAGUUCUACAGUGUUCCGCUUCUCCUCGGGAACCGCUAACAUCCAAUCACCACUUUUACCAGGAUGCUGCUUCCGCACCGACGCUUCUAGACCAGCCAACAUGUUCAGACGCGGUUCCGCAGGGCUGGAGCUUCUGCUGGUGCUGUGUGGUCUGGACGUGUCUCUGCCGUGCCCCCGUCACUGCAUCUGCUACACGUCGCCCACCACCGUGUCCUGCCAGGCACACAACUUCCACGCCGUGCCCGAGGGCAUCCCGGCCCAGAGCGAGCGCGUUUUCCUGCAGAACAACAAGAUCCAGCGGCUGCUCCGUGGACACUUCUCGCCCAACACGGCCAUGCUGUGGCUCUACUCCAACAACAUCUCCUACAUUCAGCCGUCCACCUUCCACGGCUUCCGGCGUCUGGAGGAGCUGGACCUAGGAGACAACCGCCACCUGAGGGCCAUCGCGGCCGACACAUUCCAGGGCCUGGGCCGCCUCCAAGCCCUGCACCUGUACCACUGCGGCCUGCUCAGCCUGCCCCCUGCCAUCUUUGCAGGCCUCCACAACCUGCAGUAUCUCUACCUGCAGGACAACCAGUUGGAGUUCCUGGAGGACGACCUGUUCAUCGACCUCCUGAACCUCAGUCAUCUCUUUCUGCACGGUAACAAACUGUGGAGCCUCCACCAGAACACCUUCCGGGGUCUGGGCGCUUUGGACCGCCUGCUCCUGCACCAAAACCGCAUCCAGUGGGUCGACCAGCAGGCCUUCCAUGACCUACGGCGCCUCACCACCUUGUACCUGUUCAACAACUCCCUGAUGGAGCUACCUGGGAUGAGCCUGGCUCUUUUGCCGGCCCUGGAGUACCUUCGCCUUAACAACAACCCGUGGGAGUGCGACUGCCGAGCCUUGUCGCUUUGGGACUGGCUGCGGAGCUUCCGAGGCUCCACCUCCUCGGUGGGGUGCAUGUCACCUCCAGAAAUGGUGGGCAAAGACCUGAAGAUGCUGAGGAAAGAGGAGCUGCCCACGUGCUUGCUGGGGGAGGGUGACGCCCCUGGUGGGGAGAUGGAGCAUGGCGAGUCUUUGAACCAUCUCAAUCGUCAGCGGAGUCGCCACAACCACCACCAACAACCUUACCUGCCUCAUGGAGACCAACACCACCUGCCCUCGCCCUCUCCCCUACCGCGACCACCCAAGGGGGGACGCAGGAACUGCACUCGGCGGGGGCGCAAGGCCAAAGGGGGGCAGAAUGAGGUGCAGGUACUUCGGGAGGGGAAGGACAAAGACUCUCAGGGGGGGAAACAUGACGUGUCCAUGGCGACCAGGAGGAAGAACAAGUGCAUGCCAAGGACGUCAGUGGGGCCGCCCAGCGGGGUCCAGAGAGCCACUAAUACUGCUGUGACUCACGCUUCAUGGACUCUUUUAUGUUUAGCAUUAGCGUCACUGCUAACGCUGCACUGACAUAGGACAUGGACACUUUGACUCCAAGGUGACUGUUUGGUCCAAAAAGGUACUGAAGUGUCAGGGGUACCAAGAUAGAACCUUUGAGGGGACCACCCCAGUGACAAGACUGUGUACCCCGAAAAGUAAAUAAGAUGUAUAAAGAAUAUUCAAGUCUAAAGCUGCAAUAUUCCAGUCAUGGUCCAAAUGUCUCAGCCUAUCCUGAUGAUGUCCAAACCUGACAUGUGGCCUGAUGACAUCACACUUCAAGUGAGAGCCAAUGAGAAACCACUAAAGCCAUGUGACUAGAAAGAUGCAACACAGCAAGAGUGCCUAAUUCUUUAUGAGUCUUUGGAGGGGAUCUUCAUCCUGUCUCCAUCAUCAGCAUAAGAAGCUCCAAGGAAAACCUGAAGCCUGAGGAGACUGAGCUCCAAACUUGAGGCAACAAAGAUUUUCCAAAAGACCAAUCAAAGCAGUGCUUUGUCCAUAAAUCCUGGUCUACGGUCUUGGUUCUGGGCAAUCGGCUGUCCACCAAAGAAGGACCUGAUGACUCAUCAGCACCUACAAUAAUGAAGAACCCGGAUCCUGAUGAUGCUGCAUCAGAAGAAAGCACAUCAUGCAGUCUUUGUGGCUCUUGUCCACACAGCGACGACAACACAAACCCAACCAAGCAGCUUCACAGCCUUCCUGACCCCGACCCAACAUGGGCCAUACAGGGCUUUGACAUUCCUCCACUAGGGGGCAGCAGAGGAGGCUAGCUUAUAAGAGACGCCACCAAAGCUAGCCUCAGCUACAAUCAUGCGAACAAAAGCACAACAAACAAUGACUUUGACGUUUUUGUUUCCAUCUUAAUAAAGUUUGGCGUCAAGGUCACUCUGACCUCUAGUGGUAACCUCUGAGGUGUCGAACCCUAACCCUGUCAGGAGCAAAAAACAAAACAGUGACUCUUUGUUGUUUGUCCGAUGUUUUAUGCAAUGUUUAUUUUUAAAACAAUCCUUUGGAUGAUUUAUUACACUGGUCAUGUUUCCUGCAUCCUUCUAGCCUAGCUUUUUCCUUUUUCACCUUCUGCCUCCUUGUUUGUCACCUUUCUCCUCCUGCCUCGUCUCCUCUGGUGGUGUGUGUCUGAGGAACAACACACUGGUUGUUUAUAAAGAACAUUAAAGUGUCCUCAAAUGGCUCAUUGUGUCCUGCUGUGU